GGAAAUGUCAAGGGAAAAGAGCUGCAGAGUCCAUAUCGCAGAGAAAUACAGUAUUUGCAACAGAUGAGUCUUGGUUAUGGUUGAAGAACAGAGUACUCAAGAAAGAAAGAACACUCCACAUGGCUGCUGAGAGCCAGUCAUUACAAAUGAAUGUCAUUAAGACAAUGCCAAGCAAUUCAGAAAAUAAGGAUUCCAAAGACAUUGGAGAAGAAGGAGAAAUAGAGAAAGAUCAGAAUUCUGCAAGUGACGAAAGAAGAGAUAGUCAGCAUGAUGAGUUUAACAACGUUGUGGAAAAUGCAGAGGCAUUACUUACUGAAUUUCCAACAUCAUUAUCAGACACAUUUUUAUUAAACCCUGCUGCUGACAUGCGCAAAAUGAGAAGAAUCAUCGCCGAAGAUCCAUAUUGGUCAUUGGCUACAGUGCCGUUACUAGAAGAACUCUGUAUCAGACAUAUUGUCGACAACUUUGAAUAUAAUUCAAUAUAUUUUAAAAGCCUGCGACCUGCGCACAAAGCAAGAGUUCUAGAGACGUUAUCGGUCAACUUGCCUCUAAAAAUAACAGCCGAACUUAUUGAAGAAGAAUGCUAUUGGGAAAGGUGUUGCAGGAACCGUUGGGCACUCUGCAAUGUCGCUGAUUACGGCAACAAUUGGAAGCGGAUGUAUUUUGAACGAAACCUAGAGCAUAUCAUUGAGUUCUUUGUACCUGAAAAAACUGAUAUAAGGGAGUUAAAUGAAACUUUGAAAGUCUCUUCAAAUUUUAUCAAACGCAUUGACAUUGGGCAAUUGCUGCCACCUGUUACCCUAGAUGAGAAAUCCAUCGAUUUUUUAGACGAUGGCUCUGAUUCACCAAGCGAGAAAGAACAUGAGUGCGACCAUUUCAAUAUGUAUCCAGUUAUGAAGGCACUGACGUCUCUGGAAGAACUGCAUCUGACUUACAGUGUCAGAGACUGUGGCAUGAAUUUUACUUGGUCUAUGUUUCAUUUCACUAAAAAUGAUUGCCAAAGGUUAUCUGAAGCCAUUCAGUCUUGUAAAACACUGAGAGUUCUUCAUCUUCAUCGAAGCAAAAUUGAUGAUGAAAAGACACGUAUGCUGAUGUAUCAUUUACUAGAUCAUCCGUCUAUGGAAGAAAUUGAUUUGUCACACAACUAUAUUGGCGAUCGUGGUGCCAAAGCAAUCGGCAAAUUGAUAACCAGCUGCGAUAGGAUUUUGAAACUUACAUUAUGUAAUAAUAAAAUUGGGAUUAUUGGAGGACAAGCCCUAGCACACACUUUAAUUAAGACACAUAAACUAAUGUUAUUAAAUUUAAGGUUAAACAGAAUUGGUGACGAAGGAGGACAUUGCAUUUUCAAAGCUCUGACAAAAAAUACAUCUCUUCAAGAGCUGAAUGUGGCGGCCAAUAAGAUGGGAGAGUCAACUGCAAUAGCACUAUCUCAAGUCCUUAGAACCAACAAUAAUUUGGUAUCCAUUGAUAUUUCUUGCAACGAUCUUAAACAGGAUGGUGGCAAACUGAUCAGAGAAAGUCUUGAGGUAAACACAACAGUCACACACUUGGAUCUUAGACUAACAAACUGUGGUCAAGAAGCGGAAUUUCGGAUCAAUCAAAUUUUGGAUCAGAACCAGGAAGCGAAUCGAGAAAGAUUAUUAGAAGAAAUGCGCCAUUAAAUCCGACACUUCUAUUGGGUUUCUUUUAUAUUUAAUGAAAGCUCUGAGUUAUUUUCUUUUUAUUCACUGUUAUUUAAUCCUGAAUCUUUUGCUUUGUCGAGCAACAUCGGCGAACCGAAUUCACAACUCAUUUUCUAUUGGAAAUUAUGAUUCAUGAAUAAAUGCUUUGCAUUUAUUCUGAGAGAAAGGCAUGCAUAUUACAAAUGUCACUACUCAUAUUAAAAAGUAAAGCAAAUUCUUCAAACUGUCCUGAGAUAAAUGAAUAUUUUCUGCUUUUGUCAUUGUGAAAAUGACACGUUGUUACUGAGAUGCCUUUCCCAAGAGAAAUAUUAACUUAUGUAAAUGAAGUAAAAUGCAAAGUAUUUCAGCUGGUAGUAGAAAUUUUCCCGAAGUAAACUAGCAGAGUACAUAUUAACAUGGUUAGAACUCGCUGGACGCUGAAUAAUAUUUGGUUCUUUUGUGGCUCAGUUCACAGAAUAGUCCGGUAUUUUAAGGAAAGGAAAAUCAGUGUGUUUUCAUGCCUUUCGUAAGCUUAUUAAUAAGUGUAGGUGAAAUAGUUGCAAACUGCAUUUUGUUUUUGUUUAUCGUAUCGCGCAUCGAGAGCUAAAAACUCUUGUCAGUUCAUUGUAAUAAUUUUUAUGUACCGGAAUCCUAAUUUUUUGAAGUAUUGGAAUAAGUGAUUCACAGAAAUUAAUGUAACACUCUGUAUGCUUUGAGUUCAAACCAGGCUGAUGCCGACUAUAGGUUUUAUCUAACUGGGGACGAUAGAAUAAGUAUCACUCAGGUAGUGUGUUCGGUUAAGUCGUUUAUAUUUUUUGUUUCACCAAAACCAUCAGGGCAAUCUAUAAAUUUAAUUAAAAUUGAGGGUUUAUGACAUUG